AUGUUGAACCUUUUGAAAGAGCCACCUCCGGGGAAUCUUAUGUCCUCGCCAGAGGCAUUCAAGUACAUGAAGUACACCAUGAUCUUGAUGGGAUGGAUACCCCCACAAGGAGGAUGGACAGCCUCCAGUAUAAUAAUGUCGACUUUCAUAGUAGCUAUCUCCGUUGUCUAUGUGCCAAUUGGAGUCUUCAUCACUUUUUUCGUGGAGUUGAAAACCCUUUCACCAAGUGAAGCUUUGUCCGUGCUCCAGGUCGCACUCAAUGCCAUGGGAUUUCCUUUGAAGUUGCUCUUCUUCAGACUCUAUAUGUGGCGCUUCUACAAAAUCGAGAAGCUCCUUGGCCGCAUGGACGAGCGUUGCAUCGACAGCACAGAGCGCAGCGAAGUGCAUCGCUGGGUGGCACGGUGCAACAUCGCAUAUCUCAUCUACCAGUUUAUAUACAUCUCCUACACCAUAUCGACAUUUCUUACGGCAACCUACUCGGGGGUGGUGCCAUGGAAUAUCUACAAUCCAUUCAUUGACUGGCGCGAGAGCACGCGGAACCUUUGGAUUGAUUCGGUGCUGGAAUUAAUGUUCAUAAUUGGCAUAGUUAUCCAAACCUAUAUGAUAGAUGUGUUCCCCCUUCUGUACGGUCUGAUUUUACGGGCCCACAUUAAGCUCCUCAGGCAGAGAGUCGAGAAACUUUGCUUGGAUCCCAGUCAGACUGAUGAUGAAAACAAUGAGGAGCUCGAGAAUUGCAUCGAGGACCACAAACUUAUUCUGGAAUACGCCUCUGUCAUACGUCCUGUUAUCGAACCUGCCAUCCUUGUGCAAUUCAUGCUGGUCGGCUUGGUCCUGGGGAUAUCCCUGAUCAAUCUUUACUUAUUUGCUGACACUUGGGCAAAACUGGCUAUAGCCGCGUACAUAGUCGUUCAGAUUGUUCAGACAUUUCCCUUCUGCUACACCUGCGACCUCAUCAGGGAGGACUGUGAGUCCUUGGCCGUGGCCAUAUUUCACUCCAACUGGAAGGGCUCGAGUCGCAGAUAUAGAUCCUCGUUGAUUUACUUCCUGCAGAAUGCCCAAAGGACGAUCUCCUUCAGCGCCGGAUCUGUAUUUCCCAUAUGCUUGAACACCAACAUCAGGGUUGCCAAGCUGGCCUUUUCUGUGGUUACAUUUGUGAAGCAUUUGGGAUUGGGAUCGAGAUAA